CACGUUUAUGACCGGAGAGCUUUCUUGGAGGCACCGACCGAUCAAAACACGGAAGUAGUCUGUCAUUGUUUUGCCUGUUUCAAUAUCUUCGACUCGUAUACUCCAAAACAUUUAAAUAACAUCGAUUAGACCAUUUGUAGCCCAGUCUGCGACAUGGAAGACCAGGAGAUGCAGCUGAAAGUAAAACGAGUCUCCGACAAGUUCACGGAGAGCAUGUACGUCCUGGCCAACGAGCCCUCAGUGGCCCUGUACAGGCUGCAGGAGCACGUCCGCAGGUCGCUGCCAGAGCUGGUGCAACAUAAAACUGAUAUGCAAAGCUGGGAGGAGCAGAGUCAAGGAGCCAUAUACAGUGUGGAGUAUGCAUGCAGUGCAGUGAAGAGCAUGGCCAACAGCACCGUGUAUUUUAAAAGCAUAGAUGGCCUCCUCCGCCAAGCGAUCAGCAUGAAGGAGCAAAUAAGCAACUCUCAAGGACGCAGCUCACUUGAUGUGAUCCCAGCCCCCAGCCCCCCCGCCCCUUCUCCAUCCUCCCAAACCAUUCCCUCAUGACCCCUGGAUGCAGGUGUUAAAGGAAAAGGGGCGUGGAGCCGGGGGCGGUGAAAGAAGCGGGAGAGAAGCACGGCUCUGGGCAGUGAGCCGGCCCAUUCAGCCGGCUCUGUCACCCCUUCAGACUCCCUCUCCCGCUCCAAGCUGAUGGAUGCUGGGGUGGGGUUAAAGUUCCAACCCCCUCCUCCUUCAUUACGUUGAGCAACUUGCUGACCACCACACACACACACACACACACACACACACACACACACACACACACACACACACACACACACACACACACACACACACACACACACACACACACACACACAGCUCAGUGGAAUGGAGCCAAUGCACUGCUGGACUCUGCUUUAAAACAUUCGAGCAAUGGACGCCACUCAAAGAAAUCUUUGUUCACUGGGACACACUAGACACCGGUGGGGUUGGGGAGGGGGGGAGGUAGAGUCGCCAUUUUAUUUGCUAUUGAGAGGUUUGGUUACUUUUGGAUGAGAAAACACUGCUGCUGCAGUUAUGUGACGUUGGUUGUGAGAAGCCGAUUGAAGUGUGUAAGCUUGCACUCAAUGGAAAUGUUUGUUAAUUUAAUGUCUGCUUUUUAUUAAAAAUGUAACGUGUCAAAUUUGGAA